UUUAUUCCAUUUGUCUUCUUCGCAAAGACUGAACCUUUAUUUUAUUUUUAUUUUUUUCCAUCUCCUCUCCCCCAAAGAGUGAACAGAGAAAAAAAAACUGCUGUUGGCAACCUUUCGGGGAUCUCAAGGGCCUGACCCCUCGAUAUUUCCGAAGCUGUUUUAGCAAUAGUCUCGGCUGCUACCUUCCUCAGAAGCUAAUUUCUCCUCCUCCAUCUCCAAUAAAUUUCUUCUCACACAAGGAGGAGGAUAAGAGAUUCAGUCACGGAAAUGGCGGCUCUUUCUUCAAUUAACUGUCGUUCUUAUUCAUAUUCGUCUUUUCUUUCUUCUUCUUCUUCAUCGUUGAUUAAUGGUCAGCAAUUUCAACGACUAAACUUAUCUUCUUCUGGGAUUUCUAAGAGGUUUUUGCCUGAUAAGCUGUUCUCACAAUCUCGAAAGUAUUUAUACCCAGGUGUUGUUCUCGUGCAAGAUGGUGCAGUGGCCGUUCCAGUAAACCCGGUAGAACAAGAAACGUCUUUCAAGAAUGUGAAAGAUGGGUUAUUGUCUUCAAUAACAUCUGCUGAAGAAUUAAAACAAACAGCUGGUUUUGAUACAAAUAAAGACCAAUCAACUGUUAGUAUCACUGUGGUUGGAGCCUCUGGGGACCUUGCCAAGAAAAAGAUAUUUCCUGCACUUUUUGCACUUUACUAUGAGGAUUGUCUUCCCAAGCACUUCAGUGUGUUUGGUUAUGCUCGGAGUAAGAUGACUGAUGCUGAACUUAGAAACAUGGUUAGCAAGACUUUGACUUGCAGAAUUGAUAAGAGGGAGAAUUGUGGUGAAAAGAUGGACGAAUUUCUUAAGAGAUGUUUCUACCAUUCUGGUCAGUAUGAUUCUGAGGAAAAUUUUACAGAACUAGACAAGAAGCUGAAAGAACAUGAGGGUGGGAGACUUUCCAAUCGUCUUUUUUAUCUAUCCAUUCCUCCAAAUAUUUUUAUUGAUGCGGUAAGAUGUGCAAGCAUGUCAGCUUCAUCUGCUAAUGGCUGGACCAGGGUCAUUGUUGAGAAACCCUUUGGUCGAGAUUCAGAAUCCUCGGCUGCAUUAACAAAAGCUCUUAAGCAAUACUUGGAAGAAGAUCAAAUAUUUAGGAUAGACCAUUAUCUGGGAAAAGAGCUGGUUGAAAACCUCUCUGUUCUCCGCUUCUCCAAUCUUAUUUUUGAGCCCUUGUGGUCAAGGCAGUAUAUAAGAAAUGUACAGUUAAUAUUCUCUGAAGAUUUUGGCACCGAAGGACGUGGAGGGUACUUUGACAAUUAUGGGAUAAUAAGAGACAUAAUGCAGAAUCAUCUGCUUCAAAUACUUGCCCUUUUUGCCAUGGAAACUCCGGUCAGUUUGGAUGCAGAAGAUAUCAGAAAUGAAAAGGUCAAAGUUUUACGAUCAAUGAGGCCUAUACGACUUGAGGAUGUAGUCAUUGGGCAGUACAAAAGUCAUACCAAAGGAGGAAUUACUUACCCAGCCUACACCGAUGACAAGACUGUGCCAAAAGACAGCUUAACUCCAACAUUUGCAGCAGCUGCCCUUUUUAUUGACAAUGCAAGAUGGGAUGGAGUGCCUUUCCUUAUGAAAGCAGGCAAAGCAUUACAUAAUAAGAGGGCUGAGAUUCGUGUACAGUUCAGGCAUGUGCCUGGUAACUUGUACAAUCGGAACUUUGGAACAGAUCUUGAUCGAGCAACAAAUGAACUGGUAAUCCGAGUGCAACCAGAUGAAGCUAUCUAUUUGAAGAUUAAUAAUAAGGUCCCUGGGUUGGGAAUGAGAUUGGACCGAAGCAAUCUACAUCUUCACUAUGCUGCAAGAUAUUCCAAGGAGAUUCCAGAUGCAUAUGAGAGGCUCUUGCUAGAUGCCAUUGAAGGGGAAAGAAGGUUAUUUAUCAGAAGUGAUGAACUGGACGCUGCUUGGUCACUAUUUACUCCUGUUCUGAAGGAGCUUGAAGAGAAAAAGAUUAUUCCCGAGUACUAUCCAUAUGGUAGUCGGGGUCCUGUUGGGGCUCACUAUCUUGCAGCAAAAUACAAUGUCAGAUGGGGGGACCUUGGCUUGGAACAGUAAUUCUGUGAAUGUUGUUUUACAUCGGUAAUGCGGUAGGAUAGGACCUUCGUAUUUCAUAAACGUUUUAUCUGAGUGGUUAGAUAGCAAACUCCUGUCUACAACGCCAUGGGAGGUCAGCAGCAGCAAGCUGUGAUGUAACAAGUGGAACGUGUGGACUGUCAAGGAACAUUAGGAUUAUCCUUUUUCAGGUUUGAGUCGCAGAACGCUCUCUUUGGUACUUGGUAGAUGUUAAAUUACAAAAAAUGCACUCAAAUUUUGGUUUGGGUACAGCUUCUCUUUCUUUUGAAAAUAUAUAGUUCACAAUCUUGAAAUUCAUAGCACUAAAAGUUACCAAAAUAAGUUAAUAUCCGUAGUACUGGAGUCAUCUCUAUGCUGUAAUCGUAAUGAGUUUACGGAAGAUCUGAGAUGGACAGUUGUUGUAAUAUUAUUACACUUUUAUAUGAAAAGCUGAUUUGCUCAAGAAGAUUCAUCAA